CUCUCCCAUUCCUUUCACUCCCACCGUCUCUCCUUCUCAGCCCGCGACGGCUUAUUUAAUUCCUCGACCCCGCCAUCUCCACGGCGGAUAGAGCGUUUCCUUCUCCUUCUCUUCUCUUCGAAUUGCCAGCGACGCGAGCGAGCGUUGUCUGACUGGCCCCUUCAAACCCCCCAGCGCAGCGCAUCUCUAGCGCGUCGCGCAAGUCAAACAUUUCCACACCACAACCACACCCACUGCCAUACACCCAUCCGCAAAUCGUGCCCCUGACAGCUUCCUACCUCCACGCCCCGGCGUAGACAGUGGCCAGCAUGUCGGGCUUUGGUGGGUUUGGCGGCUUCGGCAACUCCAACCCGCAGAACAGCAGCUUCGGCGGCUUUGGUUCUAACAACAACACCAACCCAGGCUUUGGCUCAGGCGCCUUCGGCAGCACCGGCGGCGGUCUCUUUGGCAAUUCAAAUACCAAUGCGAACACUGGCGGAGGCCUGUUUGGCGGCAACACGAACACCAACACUGGAAGUGGCUUCGGAGGUUUCGGCAACAACGCUCCCAAGACGACCUUUGGCGCCUCGCCUUUCGCGACAUCCACGUCGAACGCUCCCCUAUUCGGAGGUGGUGCGACGUCAACCGCUGGCGGCGGAAUGUUUGGAGGAGCUACGGCGAACAAUCAAACCACAGGAGGAUUUGGGACCAACACUGGUGGAGGACUCUUUGGUCAACAACAGAACAAGCCUGCUGCAUUCGGCGCCACAAACACGAACACAACUGGCGGCGGACUCUUCGGUGCUAGUAAUACGACUGGAGGUUUCGGCCAGUCCACUGGCACUACUCAGCCUGCCUUUGGCGGUUUUGGCGGCGCGUCCGCGGGACGUGAACCGAACAAUGGCACAGCAAGUACGCCGUUUGAAGCUGUCAUCGAGAAAGAUGGUACCAGCGGAACCCAGCAUUUCCAGACUAUCACCUUCCAGCCUAAAUACAUGCCCUACUCCCUCGAGGAAUUGAGGCUUGUCGACUAUGCCCAAGGUAGACGCUACGGCAAUCAGAACGGUCAGGCUGGAGCAUUCGGUCAGAGCAGCGGCUUUGGAGGAACAUUCGGCAAUACCAAUACUCAGACCAAUACCGCCGGAAACACGCAAGGCGGCGGACUCUUUGGGAAUGCCAACACCAAUACCACUGGAGGAUUCGGCGCUACCAACAACGCCACAACUGGUGGUCUAUUCGGCCAGGCAAAGCCUGCUACUGGUGGUCUCUUCGGCACAACUGCCACGACUACGCAGCCUAGCGGCGGGCUUUUUGGAACCGCCGGAACUACCAAUACUACGGGCGGCUUCGGAUCCAACGCCACAGGUAGCUUUGGCAGCACCAAUACCGGAGGAGGUCUUUUCGGCCAGCAAAACCAAACUCAGAACAAGCCCGCAUUUGGUGGAUUUGGAACCACUGCAACCACAGGCACCACAGGUGGGUUUGGUUCCACUCCCACCCCAGCCUUUGGGCAACAGAACCAAGCUUCUACUGGAGGAGGACUCUUCGGCAGCACCACCACAGGCUCAGGAUUCGGCGGUGCCCAACAGCAACAGAACACAACGGGCGGCGGCUUGUUCGGCGGAGGCGCAUUCGGCCAGCAGAACCAGCAGCAACCCCAACAAAAUCAGACUCAAAACCAGGGCGGUGGUCUCUUUGGUGGCUUCGGCAACGCGAACACCCAGCAACAAGCGAAACCUGGACUUUUCGGUGCCAGCACGACGGCGAAUACUGGAACUUCCUUGUUCGGCGGCCAACAGAAUACCCAGCCUCAGCAACAGACUGGUGGAGGCCUUUUCGGCAACACUACUCAACAACCGCAGCAGCAAGGCAGCAGCCUAUUCGGGGCCAAACCUGCUGCAACUGGCAGUCUUUUCGGCGGGAACACAAACACCGCGAAUACCGGCGGCGGAUUGUUCGGCAACCUGAACACAAACCAGAACCAGCAAAAUCAAGGUUCCAGCCUUGGAGGUGGCCUUUUUGGGCAGCAGAACCAGCAACAACAGAAGCCGUCGCUGUUCGGGUCCACCACGGGUACCAAUACCGGUGGUGGCUUGUUCGGAGGACAGAACAAUGCAGCACAGGGUAGCUUGUUUGGAGGAAGCCAACAGCAGCAGCCUCAGCAGCCGCUGAACAACAGUCUCUUGGGUACCUCCCAGCAAAGCAACGCACUGCACACCAGCCUAGGCCAGAACCCAUACGGAAACAGUGAAUUAUUCAUGACCACCCCUGGUGGAAGCCAACAGAAUCCCGGCCCUGUGGCCACUCCGCUUUCCAGCACCCUGAGAGUCAAGAAGGCCGCCCCCCUUCCCCAGCACAAGCUCAAUCCUGCUGCCUCCACUCGUCUUAUUACUCCCCAGAAGCGAACAGGCACCUUUGGCUUCUCUUACUCCACGUACGGCACUCCUGGAAGUGCUUACAGCAGCCCCGCCUUUGGAAACAGCCUUCUGAGCUCACAGCGAUCGCUUGGCAAGAGCAUGUCUACUAGCAAUCUGCGGAAUGCGUACAACCCCCAGGACAGCAUCCUAACCCCAGGUGCCUUUUCACGCGCCGGCCCUGACUUCGUUGGCUCCGGCAGCCUGAAGCGUCUCCAAAUCAACCGCACCAUGGCUAAUCGGCCUUCUCUCUUUGGAAACGAGCAGGCCACUGCAAGCCCGGUUCCUAAGAAAUCUGUGAGCUUUGACCAGACUGCUAAUGGAGCCCACGCCAACGGGCUCGCCAAUGGUCUUGCCAAUGGAGCGACACCUAACGGAACAAGAAAUGCUCUGGUUCGAACUGAAGUGGAUGAGCCUGCUUCCCAACCGGAGCCCGUCACCCGUGGUGCCUCAGUCCGUGAUGUCUCCCGACCUCCCAUGGAACAGAUUUCCGGCAAUGAGCUCGCUGUUGUUCCAGAGCACAGCGCAUCCAACUCGACUUCCAAGAAGGACAGGGCUCGCGCCACGCAAAAGGAUCAGGAUCUCGGUGCGUACUGGUCGAAGCCCUCCAUCGAGGAGCUGCUUAAGAUGCCGUCUUUGAGACUCCGAGCUGUUCCUGACUUUAUUGUUGGCCGCGACGGGGUUGGAACGAUUCACUUCCUGCGCCCGGUUGAUCUUACCACCGUUGACCUGAACAAUUUCUUCGGCACGGUCAUUAACUUAAUCACUCGGGAAGCCUCUGUCUAUGGUCCUACUUCCAACGUUGACAAGGCCCUUCCAGGUCUGGGUCUGAACGUCCACUCUCGCAUCAGCCUAGAGAACUCAUGGCCGCGAACUCGAGCUGGCCGUCUCCCUGUUCACGAGAAGAAGGGACCGCGCGUAGACAAGCACAUUGAGCGUCUCAAGGACAUCAAGAACACCAAGUUCAUUGACUUCAAAAUCGACACUGGCGAGUGGACUUUCGAAGUGGAACACUUCAGCACCUAUGGGCUUCCUGACGAUGAUGAUGAGUCAUACUGGGAUGAAGACGAAACCGAGCUCAGCGCCGCUCCCGAUACUCCGACUCAGGUUCGCACACCCGGAGCACAGGCGACUCCUUCCUCGGCUGUUUCUCAGGAGGACAUCUCAAUGGCCGAUUCCAGUCCAGAUGAUACCUUUGACUUUAAGAAGGGCAAGCGGGCAUCUCUUCCAGGUGGCUUUGGAGAGGAGACGAUAUAUGACGAUGAAGAUGGUGUGGAUGAGGGAGCCGAGUCUUUUUUAGAUGAUGGCUCCGUGGGUUCGCUCGACGGAGGUCAGGAUGAGGACAUGACCGACAAGAGCGGAUCGGAGCUGGCCGAGGAUCUGAACAUGGCGGGUUCUUUCUCUGGGCCAGUUCAGACCACGGAGCAAUCAGCCGCCACUGAACCUACCCCGCUCAUGGGCUCGAUCAAGCCCAAGUCAAUCUUGAAAGCUAGUCAAGCAGCGCCUUCAGGAAUGGGCACCCCAGCCAAGACGAAGUUCAUCUUUGAAGAUGAUUGGGCUGAGCAGCUCCAACGUACCGUGAGCCCGAAGAAGCAGAAUCGACAAGCCCUUAAAGAAAACCAGGGCACAGCUCUUAAGGAGUUUAGCGACAACAUUCCGAGAAUGGGACAGUCAUUCAAUGCUGCGAAGCCGAUCACUAACCACAUUGAUCUCAUGAAUUCCUUGUUCGGCCAGGAAACGAGCAAAGUAGGAGGAGCUAAGCGGGAUGGAACUGCAGAGGGCCUUCAGUAUCCCUACUCGAAGCGGCCGAAAACAUCCCACAACCUCGGCGAUAUGGCCGAAAUCGACCAGCAGUUCCACUCCUGCAACAAGCCCCGAUGGUCCCUCGAUGGAACCCUUGUAUAUGCUGCCUCGGGCAACGCCUUAUCCCUCGAUGGUGGUAUCCUUGCGAAAGCGAAGCAACCGAUCGUGUCCGAACACAAGGAUAUCCAAUUCGCCAAGCUAGCCACCCAUCGAGACGCUACUUGCGAGACCUUGGUUCCACAGAAAGAUGUUACCCAGAUAAUCUUGGAUCACGGUAUACCCCAGGCUUCCGUCAGCGGGAAUUUCCAGUUUGGUACUCUUGCUCAGCUUGUUGCCAUUGACACGGAGGAAGGCCGCCAUGAGCAGCAGGCCUGGCAACUAGCCUCUAUACUCUUCGAUGACGUGGAUCUGCCUGCCAAAUUGACUCCCGGAUUGACCAAGGAGGAUCAUAUCCAUCGUGCCCGCAAAGCAAAGCUUUCUGAGUUCUGGCAAUCACUCGUAUUCGACGAUGCUCAAAUGGAGGUCCAGGAAGCUGAAACUGCCGAAGGUAAAGCUCUUGCCCAUCUCACUGCUCACAAUGUCGUUGACGCUUGUCAGACGUUGGUGGGUGGAAAAGACUUCCGUCUCGCUACCAUGGUUGCUCAGAUUGGAGGUGGUCUCCAGAUGCGCAAAGACAUGCAAGCCCAGCUUGAGGAGUGGCAGCGCAUGGACGUUGUCUCCGAGAUGGAAGAACCACUUCGCGCUAUCUAUGAGCUCCUGGCUGGCAACUGCACCAAGAGCGAUGGCGACCAAGCCCAGGGGAUCCAGGGAGGACUGGAGAACAAAGCCUCGACUUUCAGUAUUUCUUCACAUUUCCGACUAGACUGGCGGCGUGCAUUUGGACUUCGCCUCUGGUACGGAACCCUUGCGGAGGAACCACUGCAUCUGGCCGUCACACAAUUCGCCUACGAUCUCCGAGAGGGCCGCGAAGAUGUCAAACCUAUCCCAUGGUUUGUUGAGGAUGCAUUGAACAUGGGCUGGAACGACCCGACCCCGGAGUCGCGUGAAGAUUUGCUAUGGGGGCUGCUGAAGCUCUACAGUGCAUCAUACGAAAAAGGCAUUCCUGCGAAUGUCGAAGACAUCUUCUCGCCACAGAGUACCACCGGUAACCCCAUGAACGCACGUCUGCCCUUCCAGCUAAGCCAGCUCUUCCAAGCUCGUGUUGUUGCCGCGCCACCCACCCUACGCAUCAGCCAGCUACCCGUUUCCCGCUCAGAGACUGGUUACAGCAAAUCUUUCAUGUCUUCGACAUCUUCGGCGCCCGGUGGUGACCAAGCUCCAGAUCCCUUCGCCGAGCUUUCGGACAACAUCGCGCUCACAUACGCUAGUACCCUUCACACCAAGGAGCACUGGCUCAAGGCCGUCUACGUGUACACGCAUUUGUCAUCCCCAGCAAACCGGGAACACUACAUCCGUUCCGUGAUGUCCUUUUUCUCUUCUUCUUUCACCACAUUAGACACAGACCCGACCUACAUCACUCUCACGAAAGACCUGCACAUACCAAAAGCCUGGCUGCACUCCGCCAAAGCUCUCCAGGCCAAGUCCGACGGCGAUAGCACGACCGAAUGCCGCGAGCUCCUCGGUGCCGGCGAUCUCGUCACUGCCCACGAAGUCCUUUGCCGCGCCGUAGCGCCCGCUGCUAUCAUUGCCCGCGACUACGACACAUUGCGCGAGCUCCUAGGCGACUUCGACUCCCCGCCCAACUCGCCUGCCAACCCGACCGCGAACCUCCGCAGCUCGAUCCGCCGCGGCGCAUCCGCUUCUUCGUUGAAGUCCGAGGCUGUCCCAGGCUGGCGCACCGGCGGCCUGAUUUACUUCGACUACAUCCAUCUCCUGGACCUCGAGAAGAGCAAGCACUCAGAGGCCGUGCACAAGGAAGCCGUGGGCAUUGUGGCGCGACUCUCUGGCGCACUGGAGCCGAUCGCGGGCCAGGACUUCGAGGGCAGGAACUUGGAAGAGCGUGUGGCGCUAGGCGAGAUCGCAGGCGCAGUUGCGAACUGGGGUACCAAUGAGCGGGGCUCGAAAGCCAGGGUGCUUAGGCUGCCGCUGACGGAGGAUAAGUGGCUAAGGCAUAGCAGGGAGUUGAGCAUGGGGUACUACAAGGCUGUGCUUGCGGCAGCCAGGUAGGGGGUGGAUCUUUUGAGGGAUAGUUUGGUGUGAUUUUUUGGCUAGGGGGGUGCUGCAUACGGGUUCUUUUACUGAACCAGCCUCAUUAGAGAGGGAGCAUGCAAAAAUGGGGAUGGAGCGGGUUUCAGCAGAUAUUAGCAUAACUUAGGUGCCCACUGUGGCUUGUAAUAUUGUCCUUGGCUCUUUUGACUUUUUUUUCCUGUUGUCGUGAAGUUCGUGUUGUCUAGCGUAUUGUAUUUGGGUAUAUGUCAUUAUAUCCACUCCAUUUAUGAGAAGUGAUGGAUCAGGG